AUCUCUUGAAGAAGGAGGCGCGCGAGUCAGUUGGACACUUUGGGAUUGACUGCCAAAGUUUUGCACUAAAGGAGCAGGUUCAUUGCACGUUGUUUCAAUGCAACUGUUCCUACUUAUGGAGCUGAGCGAUUUAAGGUUGCCUCUUUUUGUGUUCGUUAUCGUCAAACUGUAACUCAAAUUGCAAGUUGAACAUCAGUCCAAGGUUCCGUGAUGACUUGCCCAGUUAUUCUCUUUGCACUACUUGGCGUUUUGACGCAUUUGUAUACUUUGGCGCACGGCUGUCAGCUGCCGUCCGAGUGGCGGCCACUGAGCGAGGGAUGCCGCGCGGAGCUAGCCGAGAUCAUCGUGUACGCGCGGGUUCUGGCCAUCCACCGGGAGCCCCUGGGCGGCGGGGUGGACAGCCUGUACAACUCGCUGCACGUCGGAUUCGGUUACGGGUACGAGGGCGCGGAGGAUGGGCUGCUGUACUCGGCGGAAGUGGAGCUCUUGUGCGAUCAAGCCUGGGGGAGCAUGCUGGAGGUCCCGGCGGGGUCCCGACUUAAUUUCACCGGCCUGGGCUACCUCUCGUGUCAGUCUCACACGGUGAUGGAGAACUACUCCUAUUUCUUCUUCCUCAGGAUGGACGAGAACUACAACAUCCUGCCGCACGGCGUCAAUUUCCAAGACGCCAUCUUCCCCGACACGACCGAGAAUCGCCGCACCUUCUCCAGCCUCUUCCAGUUCUCCAACUGCACCCAGGGGAGCCAGCCGUUCCACACUUUCAGCCCCGAGUGGGACACUGUGGAAGACAGCAGGCUGCUGUGCUCCUCCGUGCAGGCGGCGCUGUUUGACGAAGAGGAGCGAGGCCGCGAGCUGCAGGAGCGCCUGUCCGCCGCCGAGCGUCGGAACAAGCAGCUGAAGGGGCGCGUUCGCAAGGCCAAGCGCUCCCUGAGGAACGCCCGCAAAGCCGCGCGAAAGGCCGAGCGGGAGGCGCAGGACCUGCUGGCCAGGCUCGAGGCAGUCGAGCGCCAAGCCGGCCCUCACCUCAACAGCAUCGCGCAGGAAGAACCGGGGCGAUACACCGGCCCGGCCCUACGACAGAGAAUGAAACUCUGAUGAAUCGCGGAAAACCUGCUCCUCGGAGUGGACUGUCAGAGACUGCUGGGCGGUGUUGAUGGGCAAAAAGCCUCAUUGAGCUUCUCCACCCAUGAUUGCGGGACGUAUAUUUGGUCCCUGGGCCUUCGUUGCGAUACAUACUCGAGUUAAUCCACCUCUCAUGCCACCACAAUCCCAAGUACACAGUUUGGUCCAAAGUAACCCAAAUUGGGCGAAAUAGCCCAGAAACUGAGCCAAUGCAUCGAGUAGAGGAUUGGACCCAUACCCAUUGGGUCAAGGUUUUUACCCGACAAAGGGUAAAAAUGACUCAUCUUGAUGAGUUAACAAGAAAUGGGUUACCGGGUUCGCAACACAGCUGUAGGAACUGUCCGUCACAUUUCUUUUUUUUUUGUCGAAUGAGGAUGGGUGUGGGGGGGGGGGGGGCGUCUGGUGCCGCUUCAGUGCAAAUGUCGAACUUGGAAACAACUUCACUGAUGUACAAUCACCAGUAGAUGGCGACGAUAUCCCAUCUUCGCGAAAAGAGUACAGUAGCACAAUUAGUGAGUCCACUUGGAGAAAUGGCUUCAUUUUGUGAAACCUACCCUUUUUUUGGGAGGAGGGGGGGCUGCUGAUGAGAAAAAGAAUGAAAAACGGCAAAAGCAGAGUCUAUUCUUUCAUUUGGUACAUUCGGCGUAUGUAUAAAUAUAGAACACAAGAGCCCGUGGAUCUUGAAAAUGUCAAAAUGCUCUCCGGCACGGAAUGACAAUGCUAAAUUUAACCCUUUCCUGCACCCUGUAAUCUGAUAACAUGAAAGGGUUAAUGACCAACGUUCUCUAACACAAAGUUGGUCUCAUCGCCAGUUUUAUGGGACCCCAAAAAAAAAGAAAAAUCACAAAA